AGAUGCAUGUGUUAGUGUCUUGUUGACUGGCAUGAAGAAAACUCCACUGUUGAGAGACUGGUGAUGGCGAAUUUCCCAACCCGCCCACUUAUGCUGCAGCCAAGACCAGCAAGUUUUGUUGCUUACCUUGGUCCAGAUUUUCAAGACGUCUUGCACCUUAUUUGUUGUCCUGCUCACCUUACACAAGAGGUGUUACAUGACCUUGAAAAAAGAGACAUAAGGUAUGCUUGGGGGAGUUCGUCAAAAGACAUGAUUCCAGGAGAAGAUAAAGCAUUCGUAAUUGUGUCAGGAGGAAUACGCCCAAUUAGUGAGGAGGAAAUCAACGAUCUAAAUCUUAGGUAAGCUUAUUUAUACACCACGUAACAAGCACUAUCUAAAGCUAUAAAUUGAAUUUGGUUUUGUACUUAAUUAAAUAAUGUGUAUACCAAGGACAGUUGAUACAUAUGCCAUUGGAACAUCACAGUCAAAGGUUUUGCCUUUUGGGUCGGUGUGGACAACUGUUUAGCCCUGUGUAAAAGGGGUCUUAGUGUAUGUUAUGCGUCCCUUUAUUUUAGCAGACAGCUAAUUGGCAAUCAAAAAGCUGCAAAAUGUGACGGUCUCAUCCGUAAAUUACUUGUGAAUACAUCUGUAAAUUUAUUUUUUCUGUUAUUCAUUUGAACGCCAUGUACUUGACCAUGGACAAAUGGUCAUCUUCAUUGGCCAGACAUUUUCCAGGCACAGAUCCACACUGGUUUCCACAGUUUCACGAAAAUCAGUCAGAUUUUUCAUAGAUAAAUAUAUUUUUGAUAAAUUAACACUUUCGAAGUUGAUAUCUGGCCAAUAUCCUGUCUGAAAAACUCAAAAACCUAGGAAACGGGGGACUUUAGGGGGUUAAAAUCCGGAAAAUUUUCCGGGGGAGCAUACCUCCGGCCACCCCUUGGAAGCGUGCGCCUUUGGUCCUCAUUUAGGAAAUCGGUCAGUAUUUAUCCUAGAUCCACACCAGUCGUCUGUUGACAGGUCGUUAUUUUGAGCCAACAUUUAUGCAGCAGCAGAACCUAUUUUUUAAGUUUUUGUCAUCUGAACAGGCUGUAAAGAUGUAUUGUUUUUACUUUUACAAACAGGUUAUCAGAUGAGCUAUACAAGGUUGAAUUGCUAGUUCGUCCCGUCAGUGGCCAAGAAGUAGCAAAAGUUGAAUUUCGUAACACCUUGACAGCCACUGGGAGAACGUUGUGUAGAUUGUUUUUAAAGGUGCCUCCUCGCACGGUAAGUGUCAGUUAUCAUUAUGAGCAUAAGCAUUUCAAAUAGAUGAGCUCUUCAGUUACUCCAGUUGAUAGCGUCAUGUUAAUAUUCACCUUCGAGUGAUGGAGUAGCCUCCCACGCAGACGUUCUUAGGGGUUCGUCACGCGUUCCUGUUAGUGGGGCAGGAACGCGUGACGAACCCCUAAGAACGCCUGCGUGGGAGGCUAGUGAGGGAGCAGAUUCAUAAAGACAGUUAUCAGUUGUUCCUUUUUUAAUUCAAGCCUGUCCCAAAUAGUGGAAAAGUUCAUUAUUAAAAUUGUGGUAAGCGUUUGAAACAUUAAUAAUGUAAACAAGGCAGUUCAAUGAACUCGAAAACUCAAGAACAAAGUCUCGUUAUCUGUAGCCAGUUGUUUGUGAUCAUAGUUUGUAUAAAAGAAUGGUCACUGAUGAAAGCCGGUACGAAAAGCGAAACAAACAGUGCUGUGCUGUUUUGGAGGUGUUUUUCCGUUGAAGUUCCGAAUUUUUUUUUUACGGGUUUAUUUGCAAUUGCUUAAAUUGCAUUUACCACUGCAAUGAUCAUAUCUUCAUAUAAAUUUGUAUUUCCGCAGUUCACAUCAUCAUUCUAUGUUUCAUUCCUUUCACGCGUUUAUAAUCUGAUUAACUUUACAAAUUGGCCUGCUUCCAAUGUAUGGAUCUUCAUAGCUCAAUUGGUUAGAGUACUGCGGCGCUAACGCAGAGGCCAUGGGUUCGAAUCCCGUUGAAGCCCCAGUUUUGAGUUGGGGUGGGGGGGAUAUUUGCAAUUGCUUUAAUUGCAUUUAACACUACUUUCACGGGGUAAGAUGAACUCAACAAAUUGGCCUGCUCCCAAUGUAUGGAUCUUCAUAGCUUAAUUGGUUAGAGCACUGCAGCGCUAACAGAGAGGCCGUGGGUUCCAGCCCGUUGAAGUCCCGAAUUUUUUUUCGGGUUUAUUUGCAACUGCUUAAACUUCAUUUACCACUGCGACGAUCAUAUUUUCUUUUAAUUUGUUUCCUUUUUUGUUAACACACUGUGACUGAAAAAGUGGACUGGAAAGUUUCUACUAAUCAGUACGCCCAGCAUUUGAAAUGCUAUUGUACCUUGCACAGUCAAGGCUCAUACAGUUAACAAAACAUUGCACUUACAAUAAGCUGUGGUCUCACACAUUCUGGACACUUAAAGCACAAACAUAACUUUUAUAUCUGAAAAGUUAAUGAACUUUUUUUAGUCUCGCUUGCGUAACAGCGAGACUCAUAAUCUGUAAAUCGGUUUUUUUUCCUUCGUAUUUAGUACACAAAAGGGGUCAUAGUCCCAGGCGUUCCUAGCGGAGACCGUGGAAACUGGGAAUAAGAAUCGUUGUGACGGAGUACCCAAAGCCUCGCAUGUUUUGCGAAGAAAGCUUAGGAAAGAUUAAUGCGAUUUAGAGCUUUUCCAGAACGAGUGGGUCCACGAAUUCUAUCGCUUGAAAGCGUUGAUUACUUUAGAGACAAGUGAACACUUCAGUGCUCGGAAAAAAAAGAAUCUUAGUUAGCAAAACUUCGAUGGUGAUGCUAACUGAUCGGGUGUUGAAAACUUUCAUAGUUUGCUAAUAAGUCUUGUGAUGAGCAUGCGGUUUAUUUUCGGUGAUGAUUGAAAUGACGCGCCGUGCUUUUUCUCGUUUUUGAUCUCUGACAAUGAUGUAAUUUCUCUCGAAUCGAGGCCCUUGAAUUUUAGUGUAGUUAUAUACGCGUCUUUCUAUUUCAAUACGAUAUGAAAAGUAAAUUUCCUGCAGAAAACUGAGAAUACUCGACCUUCGAUAAAGAAGGAAGUGAAAAGCCUUUAGCGAGUAAAUCCUGUUUCGGGUAGAAUUAAUCGCCUCCUCAUUUCUUAUCUAAUCCCCAAGCAAGCGAGACGUUUUAAGAGCGUUAUUGUUUUUCAUAAACUGCCUUGAUCUUUCAAAAAAGGAAAAAGGGGGAAAACGAGGGUAAAAAGAAAUCAGAGUGGGAAACGUUUGCCAUUAGGCUCCAGUAAACGCGAGGCAGAAUGUUACGGUGACAAAUUUUGAAGCAGCUGAAUAUUUAAAUCACGUAAAACUACCAAGUGUUUUGCUUCGUGAAAUCUCUUUAGUUACUUCUUUUUGAUAACCAGAGGGUUGCUGACCCUCAUUGACUCACCUUGGCUGAAAUAAGGGUGUAUGUCUUAUGUAAGAUUUGUGGAAACAGAACUGUUGUCUACCGCCAAAUGCGUGCAUUUUUUAUAUAACAAUUGUAAAUAUGAAACUUAAUAAAAUUGUAAUCAUACAGAUCAGAUUAUAUUGCUAAAUGGCAAUACAGACCUAUUUAUUGGCUUGAAGACUGAUUAAAACGAGUGAGGUCAGUUUUGAAGGCUUAUUUAAAUGAAAUCUCACUAAUAAUGAGUCUUUAUUUCAUCAAAAGAUAAAACUACAUAUCUUAUGUUACAAUAAUACGAAAGAUAAAAAAACUAUGAUAAAAAUAUCUACAUAUAUAUAUAUAUAUCUUUUAAAAAAGUACGUCAUUACAAUAAAUGGAGAUUAAAAAUCAACCUAUUUACAAAGGUGUUCAUAAAACGCUGUGUAUUAAUUUUCGGGCGUACGCAGCCUUUUUUCCUAAGAUUAUGUACAUAAGUCUUCUGGACAGGAAUGAUAUCUUUCAGGGGGUGGCAAUCAGUUGAAAUUAAUUUCUUUAAAAUGUUUCGGUCUUGUUUAUUUAAAAGGUUCUUGAUAAAAACUGGAAAUGAAAUAAAAUGGCGUUUAUGGCGUCGGUCUAAAAACAUUUUUGUAUAACCGUAAGAUCGGACUCCGAUGCCCCAUAGACUGAAAGCGCAUAGCUAAAAUUAGGUAAAACAAUAGAUAUAAAAAGGUGAUCUAUCUCUGCCUGAGAGUAGUGCUCCUUUCUUAGUGUUCGUAGGACGUGUAAACACUUGUUUGCUUUGACAAGCUUGGUUCUUACAUGCUCAUUAAAUUUCCCGUCACUCUGUAGAGUUACUCCUAGUAAAACAAAGCUAUUACAUUGAGGAAUAUUGUUAAUUGGAGAGUAGAGUACAUUUUGAUUUUUCUUCCUAACAACCAGCUCUUUACAUUUACAAGGGUUGCAGACCAUUUUAUUGUGUUUACACCAGGUUAAGAAUUGUCCUACCAAGUCGGCAGACGGGUCGCGGUUCCUAGUGAUAGGCGAAAGAAUAGUGGAAUCAUCGGCAUAUUUAAAAAGAACAAGGCAACCAUUAAAGAAAAUCUCCAAGUCAUUCAAAAAUAUAAUAAAAAGAUACGGUCUGCUAACAUUACCUUGUGUGGUUCCUCUAUUGACAGAUUUCCAAUGUCUUAAAAAAUUAUAGUUGAUAACACGUUGUUGUCUUGCAUAGAGGAAACUCUGAUACCAAUCGAUAAUGUACGGAUUUAGGGGUAGCUAUUUCAGUUUGGCAGACAAAAUAGUAUGGUUCACAAAAUCGAAGGCCUUACUGAAGUCCAUAGUAAAAAUUCGCACUGCGCUACAGUCACUACUGUCUAAAUAAUUGUAUGUCUGGUGCUGGAUAGCGAGCAAAGCAUUUGUGCAAUUACCCGCCUGUCUGUAUGCACAUUGGGUGUGGCUCAGAUUGUUCUCAAUGACUGACUGUGCUGGCGUACGAUACACGACCUUCUCAAACAACCGCGCAAUAACGGGAGUAACAUUGAUACCAUGGUAGUCUGAGUCGUCUAAAGGCAUGUCCACUUUGGGGAGAGGAUUAACAUUUGCCCUUUUCCAAGAGUCCGGCCAUGUAUGAGUAGACAGCGACAAAUUGUAAUAGACUGUGAGGCUAUCUUGCUUUGAAUCAUAGUCAACACCUGUCAUCAUCACUGCCUUGUCGCCAGAACCUAAUAAGGUUGAGCACAUGGUGCAAAUGUAUUUCAGUAAUACAAUAUAUACUGAUCAAGCGAUAUAGGGAUGCACACCUGUCUUGUUUUGUUUCAGUGUCGUUUGUCGUUUUUUUCCUUAUCACACAUCGAGACUUGAUUGUCUUGUCAUAAACUUGAGUUGCUUUAUUUUUCUUGCACUUUGUUUCCUCUUGGCUUUUUACUUUUUAAGUUUCUCACAUGAAAAAUCGACAUCAUCCUCAGUGCUUUAAAAGCAAGUGGUUUCCCCGCUGUAUUCCCUAAAAUUGAAAGAAGUAAAACGCUUCUAACUUAAUUACAUUUUUCUGCUUAUGGCGUUAAUUUUGUAUGAUCUUUACUUUCAGGAAUUGCACUCAGCCUUUUCUGAUACAACACAAAGUCAUCCAGAGCCUUCAAUUUUGAAAGUUACCCUCCUGGCUAAUGAGUGGGGGUCAUCUAAGGGUGGCUUGCCAACAAUCAACAGAACGCUUGCCAUACAUUUGGCAAAACACCCAAACGUAGAAGUCACUUUUCUUGUACCUGAAUUUAUGUGUGGUGAAGAAGACAAGAGAGCUGCCAGAGUUCACAAAACAUUUCCAUUAGAGAAGCAGGUCAUCUCCCUGGCUUUAGUGAUCCUCUUGACUGGUUGAGCUCUCCACCAAGAGAUCUUGACAUUCAAGUUGUGAUCGGUCAUGGUGUAAAGCUCGGUAGACAAGCACAAAUCAUCAGACGGUUUCAUCGUUGCAAGUGGAUACAAUUUGAGCACACUGAACCUGAAGAGCUAGCAAUGUAUAAGAACUAUGCUAACGCCAUGGCCAAAAGGGAAGGAAGGAACAGAGCUGAAGUUGACUUGUGCCAAAUUGCAGAUCUCGUUGUGGCAGUUGGACCAAAGCUGAAGGAAGUAUUCUCGUCCUACUUGCGUUCAUCUCAUCAAGAUGUCUUCCAGUUCGUGCCAGGCACCUUUAAAGAGUUUUCAGUGGUUGAGCAUGCUACUACGCGAGCGAAUGCGAAGUUCAAGGUGUUAACCUUUGGCCGUGGUGAUUUAGAAGACUUCAGUCUCAAAGGAUACGACAUUGCCGUUCAAGCAAUAGUUGAAUUGAUGGACAGUUCUUACCAUCUGAUCUUUGUUGGUGCACCUGAUGGAAAACAGGAUGAAGUCGCGAAAAUGUUAUGCCAGACGGGCAUUCCAAGAAACCAGUUGUUUGUCAGAUCAUUCUUGAAAGACAAGCAAAGAUUGAGAAAGUUGUUUUGCGAAGUCGAUGUGGCCAUCAUGCCUUCAAGAACUGGAGGAUUUGGGUUGACAGCACUGGAAGCGAUGUCAGCUGGUCUUCCCAUUCUAGUUAGUGGAAACUCCGGAUUCGGACGAACACUGCGUGGUCUUACUGAGGGCAAGUCAGUCGUGAUCGAUUCUGAUGACCCCAAGGAAUGGGCAAAGGCAAUUGAUGCUAUCCGUCAAAAACCAAGGAUACAGCGGCUUGAGGAAGUCCAACGUCUUCGAAGAAGUUAUGAAGAAAGAUUCAGUUGGGAGAGACAGUGUCAGUCCCUUGUUGAAAGGAUGUGGAAGAUGGUUUAUGGUAAGAAAUCAAACUUAGGGAUAAAAAAAUAGUUAUGAUUAAUGAAUUUAAUCAAUUUUGGUAGUCUGCAAAUUUCGUGUGUAUGCACACAGUGAAACCUGUAUUAAGCAGACACCCACGGGACCUUCGCUGGUGUCCGUUUGUGAUAGCGGUGUCUGCUAGAUACAGGUUCGUUGUGCUUAAAAUAUGGGAAGAAACGUGGUUUAAAACACACUGAGCUUUUCGUCCGCUUAAUGCAGGGUGUCCGCUUGAUAUAGAGUCCUCUUAAUACAGGUUUCACGAGGGACUUUGAGAUGCGAUGAGUGCGGACUACGAAUUACGGACUACGAUUACGGUUUUGCAUGAUCAGUGCCACAUGACUGUUCAUUUUUCGCGCGUGGUCCUGCAGGUAGGUUAAAUUGUUUAGCCGUUUCACGAAGUCGCUACUACACAGUACAUUUUGCUCCCACUACGAAAGAUACUUCGUCUAGACGCAUAAUGCGUCUUGUGCCCGUCUUCAUACUCAAGACGCAUAACCAGACGAACUACUAGAAUCUUCGGCUGUUCAUCGCCAAUUCUGCGAAAGUCGUACUAUCAAGUUUUUAAUUUGAAACUGUUGGGACGUCGCGCUUCACAUGCGUCGUUUAAUUCCCAAAUUUAAUUCGGCACAUAUAAAAUGCUACGUUUGAUUGGUCUUGCCAUAUUUUUACUUCCCUUAACUUUUACUUGGCGGGUCAACUGUUUUAGAAAAACACCCAGAUUCAGAAGAUCCCAUUGAAACUAGAAAAGGCAAAAGUGUUUUUAAUUCAAUGGGGCCGCAAUAACUGUUCGUUUCCGUUUGGUCUAUAACUAGUCCAAUUUUUGCCAAAAACGUUUCAGUAGUCUCUGUUAUCCAUCCGUAAUUUACAACAGAUAUAAAGAGGAGCAGAAAUCAGGAUACAAACAACGCAGGGUACCAGGGUUUCGUUUUCGUUGCAGACAGUUGCUUAACCAUUGAAUUGCUAAACUUGCCAGAAAAGUGGCUUACUGUGUAGGAUAGGAUAGGAUAGGAUAAGUGCUUUAUUAUCAACAGAGCGCCUACAGACACAUGUGUUUACAACGAUAACAAAGAUUUUCGUGCAAUAAUUACAGAGGUGUACAUUUGUAAAAUUUAUACAACUAUUAAACAAGGUUAUAUUGUAUCAUCGUGGAGAGCAGAAACACACUGGGGCAUGGGCAUGAACUUCAUUUAUUUUUCAUGUUUAUUUUCGUUUCAAAGUCCCGUUCUACUUUAGUGCGUGAGGAAACGAAAAGGUUUAGUGAUAGCGGAGCUCUCGCGCGCGCAGCGGAGCACCAUGGGGGAGAAAAUUUGGUUAUCCAUGCAUCCGAAAAAUUUUGGUAGUCACGUGACCAUGCGGCCUGCCCCCGCACCAAAGGGUAACCAAUGUGAACUGACCUUUUUUUGAGUGGAGCCUUUGUCCUGUUGUUGACUUGAAGAUAGACGUCCACGUUAUGGUCAUCUUGGCCACCCGGACUUUUAGAGAGAAAACACAAUGACAAAGCCGAGUCUUUUUUUCGACUAAAUUUUAAAGGAGCUGUGUCACGAAAUUCAGCCAAAUUAGGUUAUUGCAAAAUGCCCGUUUAAUUAAAAGAAACAUAAGAAGGAAAAGGUUAAUAGAAGGUUAAUAUAACACAAGGUGCAACAGCUGCCACGGAUGGGCAAAACUUAAGAAGAUUAAAACGAAUUGAAAUUAGGGUUUUUGAAAACUGUUCAGCCUAACAGUUUUUCAAAGUUUAUCUCUGCUGUUUACAGCUUCAAAAAUAAUGCUCAGGGGACAUACUUGUUUGUCUUUAAUCUCUGAUUUUGUCAUUUACAUGUAAUUUUUUUGCCUACUUUAAGUUCCAUAGCGAUUGAGGGCGAGUAAUGGGCAAAAUACAAAAAAAUGAACUGGACGGCCUUGACACAGCCCCUUUAAUGUCUUCGCUGACGUGGAUAGCAGAGAAGGAGCUGGAGCGAGAAAUUAAAAAGAAAGGAGACGAAUUUCGUUAGAAACACAACAUGAAAAUUGUAAGCGGUGGUGAGAAGAUGAGAAAUGUUAGCGGCCAGUCUGGUGAAAAUUAGAGGCAGUGAAAAAGAAAGAGAACAGGGACACAAGCAACAAAAUUUUUUAUGUGAACAUACGACAUUUCCUCCAUAAAACGUGUAACCACAGGUAACCCAGGCUCUGUGAUAGUACCACAGUACGGUUCCAGUAAAAUUACAGUGUUUGUAUGGGGUAAAAAUACCAUCCUAAAAUUUUUAGGAAAUACUAAAUAAAGAUCAAUGAAACUUACUCUGCAGUUAAUUGUUGUUGUUCUUAUUGCUCCAACGAAGUUUCGUGAUAAUUUGAAGUAAUUUGUUUAAAUUCACUCUAUCUACAAUAAUAAUAUACAAGGUAGGAAACACGAGGUGCCAUUUUCGCCGACAUGCUCUCAUUCAACACAACUUUUUCCACGAAAUUCGAACUCCAACGGAAAAUAAACAUGCCAGGAUCGUAGAAAUAGGAUAGCAGCAGAUAUAGAAACCAAUGAAGCUUUCCCAGAUAGAGAAACGAAUCCCACAGACUUGGACAAACUCGAAGAAUAUAAUCCAAACACACCGAGAAUACGCUCGCCGAAGCAGCCGGGCCAGAUCAACGCGCGGCCAAGAAAAUGAAGCCUGGGCACUAUACAAAAAAAAAUCCGUUCCGGGGGUCCUGGGGUGACCUUUCUAGGGACCGAUACAUCAUUUGCCCAAGGCCACCCUCCCCUGCUGGAAAAGUACUUGAUAGAAGGCAAUUGUUCUUCCUAGCCAAUCACUAUGGCCUGUUAUAAAGAGAUUAUUUUCCUCUGGAACUAUAUUCAGCUCCUGGCGCUGGUCCUCAGAAAGUUUAUCAAACAUCAAUAGGGCAAGGUUAUAAGGGCAAAGGAAAGAGCAACGAAGGACGAUUUACAAAACUUAAAACGAGCAAAAGAUAUAAGUGAAUUUUGGCUCUUACCGAGGCAUUUGUACAAUAGGACCAAAUUCAAAGAGAGGUGUAUCACGAUGAUUCACAUAUUUAACCGAAAGAGGGUUCACUUGUAUUGACAAGAAGUCGGCGUGUUACUGCCGCAUUAAUCGCUAAAUAUGUUAAUCGCGCUAGUUCUUUGUUUACUAGUGCACGUGCCUUUCACAUUCUUCUCAGUUAUCGCAAUUCAUAUUCUGUCCCAAUUUUCUGUAUAAUUUUUUACAUUAGUUUGUAAGCUUCACCGUUUAUUUACGAUAGUUUCGCUAGAGAGUUGACAGCAACAGUAUCUCAGUCAUCAUCUACCUUUUGUUCAACCUUGUUUUUAGCCCGCCUCCUAAGCAUUUCGCGUUGUUAUUUCAUUAGUUUCAUUACUGUUAUUUGCAUUCCUUAGUAAAGAAAUGGGACGCCUUGUAACUCCGCAGACUCUCCUGAUUAUAUUACUUUUUUUUUAUCCAUUUAAAUUCAGGCGCGUGUGCGGGUUUGCUAUGGCAAAUGGUGAUUGGCUAUGAAGAACAAUUGCCUUCUAUCAAGUAUUUUUCCUGCAGGGGAGGGUGGCUUUGGGCAAAUGAUGUAUCAGUCCCUAGAAAGGUCACCCCAGGACUCCCGGGAUGGAAUUUUUUUGUACUGUGCCCAGGCCUCAUUUUCUUGGCCGCGCGUUGAUCUGGCCCGGCUGCUUCGGUGAGCGUAUUCUCGGUGUGUUUGGAUUAUAUUCUUCGAGUUUGUCCAAGUCUGUGGGAUUCGUUUCUCUAUCUGGGAAAGCUUCAUUGGUUUCUAUAUCUGCUGCUAUCCUAUUUCUACGAUCCUGGCAUGUUUAUUUUCCGUUGGAGUUCGAAUUUCGUGGAAAAAGUUGUGUUGAAUGAGAGCAUGUCGGCGAAAAUGGCACCUCGUGUUUCCUACCUUGUAUAUUAUUAUUGUAGAUAGAGUGAAUUUGAACAAAUUACUGCAAAUUAUCACGAAACUUCGUUGGAGCAAUAAGGACAACAACAAUUAACUGCAGAGUAAGUUUCAUUGAUCUUUACUUAGUAUUUCCUAGAAAUUUUAGGAUGAUAUUUUUACCCCAUACAAACACUGUAAUUUUACUGGAACCGUACUGUGGUACUAUCACAGAGCCUGGGUUACCUGUGGUGUAACCAGAAAGUUUCACGUUGUAGUCGUGCAAAGCAAGGACAAAGAAAUGUGCAAAAAAAGUGUGCUGCCCGUGCAUAAUUGAUUUUUUGCUAAUUAGACCAAGGUUUGUUUUGUUUUGUUUUGUUUUGCGGUUCUCGUUGGUUUCGUCGAUCAACAUUACACGAUUUUAUUUUUCUGUGCGUAAACUAUAGUAUAGUAACAAGAGCCUCACUUUUAGCCCUGGCUAACUCUAUAUAUUAAUGGUUUGAUCAAAAUCCUGUGAGUAUUCAGUAUUUUGAAAAGUGCACUAAGGAAAGCCGACUUGAGGAAAUCAUAAAGCGUUCAGAUUUAGUUUAUGGCUGUGGUGUCAGUAAAUGUAUGUUAGUGAUUCUUCAUCUCCCUUCAGAGACUUUCCACGGUUGCUCUUUUUAUGUGUGAAUACCUCGAUAUUUCGUGUGAAACGAGCGAGUCAAUAAAAACAGAUGUUCUUAGCGAUCGAUGUACUAGUUAAACCUGGUUCUCAUAUGCCGCGGCCACCUACCUGCGACAUAACAGCCAAUACUGCCUGAGAUACUGUUUUAACAUAUCAGAACAUACCCCGCCGGCAACAAGAGACUUCGCAGGUCUUUAUUUCUGGCAUGCCUUCAAAGUUGAACUCGAGGCAUGCCGGUGAUAAUGAAUUGGAACGGCCUCUGUUGCCGUUCACUUCUCUUCUCAUAUGGAACAGUUUUCCAGGCAGCACCAGCGGCUAGGCUACGUCGUAGGCAGGUCGGCGGCAUAUGAGUACCAGGCUUUAUUUUGUGUUUUCUUUAACCUUUUUAUGGAAUGGAAUGGAAUGGAAUAGAAUAAUCUUUAUUAUGCUUUUAUCGAUGUUAAUGGUUGAUUUUAUGCACUUAUCAGCGGCCAUCCGGUGGGGAUGACCCCGCGGAACCCCUGGUCAUUUGUACAACGACGUUUAUUACCCAAAACCAAGAUUGGUUAACAAAAUGAUUCUAACGCCCCUCCCCUGGAGGCCAAAAAGUGUGCUCUGCCAAGUCAAAAGGUGCAAUAUUUUAAAAGAGUUCUAUAGAAGGUUUCGUAGUUUUCUUCUGAAAAAUAUAGUCGUUAAUAGCUAAAAGGAACAGAAUACAAGAGAAAUAUGAAAGUCGUUUACCGUCUUUUCUGUCGCCACUUUGCCAGAAGGUGUUCACCAAACGUAUCCAGUCCUUUCGAAGACGGGAACGGCACUCGUUUCCAGCUCCAUCUGCAAAAUGGCGGCGGCGCUGCAAAUCCCGCGGGUCUUCCCCCGGGGAUCCUGCUACGAAAGUGCAAAAGCAAUCCAAUCCCCCCAUCCCGGGCUUAAAAUUAAAGAACACAUAUGACCAAUCUCGCGCCAUGCCCGCGUAUGUCCCCGGGGUUCCCCCCUCCCCCCCGGAAUUGCCACUGAUAAGUGCAUUACAAUUUUAGGGUGGACUCAUUUGCAACAAACGUGUAUUGCUGUCGCAUUUGCCCGCUGGAAUUUUUUAUUGGUUUUAGGCCUAAAAACAACAACAAAAAUUUCAGCGGGAAAAUGCGACAGUUAUACACGUAUGUUGUAAAUGAAUCCACUCUAAUAGAGGAAAACACAAAGAGAACAUUAAUUAAAUUUAAUGAAAAUAAUGUGCUUGCUAGAAAGCUGAACGAACCAGCUGGUUUUCUUGUUAGCUCCCUCAACAAUUCAGGUCCUCGGUAACAGGUAACAACCCAUAAAAACUCUCUUGAGAAAAUCUGGAGAAAUAUAGUACUUUUUAUCUCUUUGACUCAGAUUUGUAUUUUAAAUAUUUUUUAGAUGGAGUUCCGGACGAGAUUAAAGCACGAGGACCAAGAGCAAAGCUUGCCUAUGAAAACGCUUUAAAGAAAGGAGAAGUGAAGUUGUACCGUGCUCGAAUCAUGCUGAUGGGAAAAGAUCGAGCAGGCAAGACAAGUUUGAAGAAAUCUUUUUUAGGUCUUCCUUUUGACCCUCAGGAAGACAGUACUGACGGAAUUCAAGUUGAUCCAUCGAAGUUCGAAGUUAAAGUCGAUCAAGUUAAGAACUGGAAACUCACCAAUGAAAAUCUUGGUGUGUCUCAAUUUAUGUCCGAUCUUGCCAAGAUGGUAGCUAGAGAAAUCCAAGAAGACUGAGACAAAGAGGAAGAUGACAGAGGAGGUGAUGAAAAAGUCGACGACAACGAUGUUAAAGAACAGGAAGAAAAAGAAGUAAAAGAAGAUGGAAAAGAAAAAGAAACCCCAGGGGACC